AUGAGCUCAGGUCCUCUCAAAUCUGGUCCGUCUUCAAGACUCGGCCAAGGAUCUCAUCCCGCAGGUCCAGGCAACAACCAGUCACUGCUGCUCGAUAAGUUGCACGCAAGGACAUCCACGCCUGAUUCUGAGGCUCUCGCUAGCUCAGACGACGAAGUCGACCACCGAUACGAAUCUGCACAAGUAGCUUCGCAGUCUACAUCUCAACCACCCAGGCCCGUUCGACGACCUUCGUGGUUAAACGAAACCUCUCAAACUUUGGGCCGUCCUCGCAGAGGCUCUAUGGCUAGUAACUCAAUGUCUCCAACUACCUCGCAUCCCAGUACGCCUUCUGGCGAAACUGGUGCCGGAGCGUGGGGAUCUCACUCAACCUCGUCCGUGAUGGGUCGAGGAACAGGUGCAUCGACUUUCCCGUGGAGUGGUACUAUUUGGAAUUCGGAGCGUAAAGACCCCCCCGCGCGGCUCAGUGAAGUCUUGCCUUCUCCAACAUCAACGCUGCCCCCAGGUGGUGGAAACUCUUUUUUCAACUCAGAGAUACAAACGUCUCCAGUUUCGCGAGAUCCGGGGCCUAAUUCCCAGAUCCCGUUUGCUAUCCCGCUGCACCCCACUCCUAAAACGUAUCGAUCGCAGUCGUACUCCGUUGGGCAAAUGGAUCCCGAAAACGCUGCGGCAGCGCCGCCUUCAAUGAGCUCCUCGGCCAUGAUGGGUCGUGCUCGCCACCACCCCGCACUUCAGCACCGACCCUCGCGACCUAGUAUGUUGAGCGAGAUGGCAAACGAUGGCACGAUGCUUGGCAAGGUCAAGGAAGUGGAAGAUGACGAUGAUGAGAGCCCGAGUGAAUCAAUGCAGAAUUCUUUCCACCAGUCAUCCGAUGCGAAAACGAUUGAAAUGUUGGCGCGCGAAAACGCUAUGCUCCGUCAACAACAACAGCAGCAGCAGCAAACGCAGUACAAUAAUGCACGCAUCAGACCCCGCGCAGUCACUGGAAACUCGUACAAUGGAAACGGCUAUUCCCUGCGGGAAACGGUCCCAGAAACGUCUGACUAUGCUAUUGAUGAGCUCGAUGAAGCAAACGAAUCUGGCGAUAUGCUGGCCAAACGCGCAGCGAACAGGCGCAUGAGCGAACUUGGAGCGGGGUUCCGCUCGCCGUUUGGUGAUAAUCGCAAAGCAGAAAAUGCACACCUUAAGAAAGCAGCUCUCGGCUGGUCGAGCUCACUUGCAUUUUCUCCUUCUGACAUCUCUCAGAGCAGAAGACAUUCUUUUGCUACAUUACCAACCCGUCAAGCCUCUAUCAGCUCUAUCCCUGAUUCCUCUCUCGAACCUUCCGCACUCGACAUGCAGCAAUCUCAAGAUUAUCCUCCGGGAUAUCCUGACCCCGCCGCAUUCGGAGGCACUUCUCACGCCAGCCAGUACUUUGGCGGAGGACCCAGCAUGGGCGCCAACAUGGGGAGCCCGUACCAGACUGGCUAUGCCAACCAGUACCAGUCUCCUUACGGCUUGCCCAACUCGUAUGGCAAUCGUGCACCUUCUCCUCAUCGCAGUGUCUACAGCAUUGCACAGCCCCGCCACAACCAGCUCUUGCACAUCGUUCUGUUCAAGUGUGCUCGAGCUGAUGUGUUCUACAUUCAAGAGGGCACUGGUCUCACUGUCAAGCCUGGUGAUCUGGUGAUAGUUGAGGCUGAUCGCGGCACUGACCUGGGAACCGUCGCUAAGGACAACGUCGACUGGCAGGCCGCCAAGGACCUCAAGGAACACUACGCUGAAGAACAGUACAAGUGGCUCAUGAUGUACUCCCAGGGUGCUGCUGCCGCGCAAGAAGGAUCCAGCGCUGGACUCCUUGCCUCUUCCACCGGUCUUCAAGGAAGCGCGGUUGGAGGCAUGGGACCUCCCAGCCAGCACCAUGCGCAAGAGCCCAACGCCGGAGAGCUCCGACCCAAGCUCAUCAAGCGGCUCGCCCAGAGCCACGAGGUCCACUCCUUGCGGGACAAGGAAGGCCAGGAGGCCAAGGCUAAGCGUGUUUGCAUGCAAAAGGUCAAGGAGCAUGGCCUUAACAUGGAGAUCCUUGACGCCGAAUUCCAGAUGGACUGGAAGAAGUUGACUUUCUACUACUUUGCCGAUUCGUACAUCAACUUCAACUCGCUUGUCACCGACCUCUUCAAGAUCUACAAGACGCGAAUCUGGAUGUCUGCUAUCAACCCCGCAUCAUUCGCUAGUCCUACUCUUGGUAUCCAAGCUCCCAGUGGCAUCGGCCCCGGUGCUGUGAACGCCAACCGUGGCGGGGGCGGCAAUGACCGUCGCCAGAACCAGCAGGUCCAUGAGCCUCACCAGGCACCCGCCUUCACUACUGGAGCCCGGGAUGGUCGAGGAUACCGCCCUGCUUUCAGUCAGCCAUUUGGCAACGAAAGCCGCCUCCAGCAGCAACAGCAGCAGGCGUCUGGGUACCCCCCAUCCAAUUACCCUUCCUACCCGCAGUUCGGUAGCCCUUUCACCAACCCCCGAACCAAUGUCGGUUACGGUCCUGGUGCUAUCGCUUCUCUUGAAGGCUAUCCUGGAGCAGGUAUCCCCCAACUUGGAGAGUAUCAGACCAUGCGCCAGCGCUUCCCCAACCCUCAGUCGGGACCAAGCCCCGCGCCUCACUCUCAGACCACCUCCCCUCUUGCUCCCCAGAAUGACUGGGCUGGAGGAUUUCAAGGCCUCUCACUCAACACUCACUAA